AUGAUCCGCAUGCAUAUUUUGAGUCGACUAGCAUACGCAGCCAAACAACCCGCCUUCCCUGUCGUCCUCUCAUCAUCAUCGCAAGAACCUCACAAUAGCCCGCCCUCCCUGUCGCUUGGUUUACAGGUUCGCAAACUCGACAGGCUGCUCGUGGCUCUAGUGGAGCAGCCUGUAGCGGGGAUGACAGAAGAGGCGGCAGCAGCAGUGGCGGCGGCGGCAGCAGCAGCAGCAGGGGCUUCAAAGAGCCGAGCGAUUGCCAAAGCCCAGGAGGUAAGCGGAUCUGCUCUCAAGAGGAAGCGCAAGCUAGAGCAAGUGAAGGGGGCACUGACUGAAGUGAUCGUCAAUCCCAACUGCUCAGCUCACCUCAAGGUCGGCAAGAUGAGGUUCCUCUUGCCCCUCCAGCUUUCCCUCCCCCUCCUGCUUUCCCUCUCGCUCCACCAUUCCCCACCCCACCUCGUCUUCCACUCUGCAGUUCAACAGGUUGCCUGCUACAGCCACCGCAACCCACCGCACCGAACUCCCUGCUACAGCUGCCGUACCCCACUGCACCAAACUCCCUGCUACAUCCGCCGCACCCUGCUGUGUCAUCGCCGUUCCAUUCACGCUCCUCCUGCUCUCCAGUAA